AUGGGUUCCAUUUUUAGUAGACUAAAUCUCCGUACUUUUGUUCUGAUUGUGCCGAAGAAACAACUGACUGAUAUUGUAGUUUGGAAGACAUUUGAAGUUAUUGAGGCAGCAUGUAUUAGGCUCUUGGGAUCAAACAAAGUUGAUUUCUUCCAAGAUUGUGCUUUGUGUGUGCUAGAGGUAAAACAAACUGAAUUCUUCCAAGAUUUUACAAAAAAACAAGCAUUCCCUAAAUGA